AAUGUCCAAUGCAUCAUCGCCGGUCUCAAAUUCAAUUCAAUUCAAUUCAACCAUUUUCUUUUAUUCUGUUUUGUUAGGCAACUGGGAGGCUACCAGCUAAUAGUACAAUCCCCCCAUAACCGAACUUGUAUCAACAGCCUUUCUUCACAGUCUCCGUCUCAAUGGCUUCCAUAAUCCGUCCAGCAUUGCUGCGGCAGACGGCCCUGGCCGCUUCCACCCGACGAGCCGCAACGGCCACUUUCACAAGACAGCAGCUGAUCCGGCCGACGAUCGCAAAGGACGCUGCGCGCGUUGCUGGCUUUCACGCUUCUAGUCGGAGAAGUCUAUUACCUCCUGGGCCACAGGUUAUCAAAGGAUCCGUCAACGACCCAGCCCCCGUCCCCCCCACCAGCUCGACGCACGGCUCGUACCACUGGACCUUCGAGCGCCUCGUCGCCGCCGGCAUCAUCCCGCUAACCCUGUCCCCCCUCGCGGGCAGCUCCCUGAACCCGGGGCUCGACGCCAUCCUGUGCUCGCUGCUGCUCGUCCACUGCCACCUCGGCAUCCAGUCCGUCAUCGUCGACUACGUCCCCACGCGCGAGUACCCCAAGUCCCGCAAGGCGUCCAUGUGGCUCCUCAACAGCGCCACCAUCCUCGUCGGCAUCGGCCUGUACGAGUUCGAGACCAACGACGUCGGCUUGACCGAGGCCGUCAAGAGGAUCUGGAAGGCUUCGCCGCAGUAGAGGAAUUAGCGAUAAUUGCACCACUUCGUAUCACUUUGCUGCAAGGAAAGAAAGGUCUACCUGGAUAGGUACCUCUAGUUUUGAUUGAUCACUAGGACGACUUAACCGGCCAGGAGAAGGGUUAGGCACCUACCUAAGGAUAGACAGGCUGAAGAUCAAACAUGGACAAGCUGUUGGCUACGGUGACUUGACGUACCUAAUUGCCAUGGAUUCGUUUUUGCAAGAAAUGAGAUGAAUUGUUUUUGUCUUUCUUCGUCUCAUCGGAGCUAACUGGUAGGCAAUGGUGAGACCCUCGGAAGGAAAAAAAAAAACUGCAGAUGAUGCUGCUUCGCUCGUGUAUCCAGUACUAAUUCAGUAUAUACAUGUUCAAUCACAUGCAGCUAUUAUUGAGUGAUAA